AAAGAGAAAGACUUGUUUGGGAAACGAAAUACUGAAAUAUAAACAUGUUUCCUCUUUAUUUUCUCUUUGGCCGACCAUUUUCAGUAGGUAAGAAGGAAAAGAGAAAGGGUCUCGUCUCUCUGCAACUUUUAAAGGCAAAGACCCUUUUGUUUCUUCACAGCUUCUUGCUUUUUUUAAGAUUACUUAGUAGGAGUGAUGGCUAAGGUUCUGGCUCAGUCAACUAUUGUUCGUGCUCUAGAUACUAGUCGAAGCCUUGGUCCAUCCAAAGAAUCUGGAAAAUCAAUAAGGUCUGCCAAAAUGAUGUGCAGUUUACAAACACCUGGAUUGAGGAUAAGGAGUUUCUCUGGGUUGCGUGGUUCAAAUUCUUUAGAUAAUACGGUCAGAUUUGGCCUAGAUUUCCAUUCUAAGAUUGCAAUUUCAAUCUCUUCCCGACGAAGAAGAGGUAGCAGAUGUGUACCUAAAGCCAUGUUUGAGCGCUUCACAGAAAAAGCAAUUAAAGUUAUUAUGCUUGCCCAAGAGGAAGCCAGAAGGCUUGGCCAUAAUUUUGUUGGUACAGAGCAAAUUUUAUUGGGCCUUAUUGGUGAAGGUACAGGCAUUGCUGCAAAAGUUCUUAAAUCCAUGGGAGUCAAUCUUAAAGAUGCACGAGUAGAAGUGGAGAAGAUAAUUGGAAGGGGCAGUGGGUUUGUUGCCGUGGAGAUUCCAUUUACUCCUCGCGCAAAACGUGUUCUGGAACUCUCAUUGGAAGAAGCCCGCCAACUUGGCCAUAAUUAUAUCGGAUCAGAGCAUCUUCUUCUUGGGUUGCUUCGUGAAGGUGAAGGUGUAGCAGCCUAUGUUCUUGAGAAUUUAGGCGCUGACCCAAGUAAUAUCCGCACACAGGUCAUUCGUAUGGUUGGUGAGGGCAACGAAGUUAGCGUUGUUACUGGAGGAUCAACUGGCAACACUAAGAUGCCAACACUUGAGGAAUAUGGAGCCAAUUUGACUAAGCUAGCUGAGGAGGGUAAAUUGGAUCCUGUUGUUGGGAGGCAGGCUCAAAUAGAACGUGUUGUCCAAAUAUUGGGUAGACGGACCAAAAAUAACCCAUGUCUUAUUGGAGAACCUGGUGCCGGAAAAACAGCUAUUGCAGAAGGCCUUGCUCAACGUAUUGCUAGUGGUGAUGUUCCUGAUACAAUUGAGGGAAAGAAGGUUAUAACACUUGAUAUGGGUCUUCUUGUUGCUGGAACGAAAUAUCGUGGAGAGUUUGAGGAGAGAUUGAAGAAGCUAAUGGAGGAAAUCAAGCAAAGUGAUGAGAUAAUAUUGUUUAUUGAUGAGGUGCACACCUUAAUUGGAGCAGGAGCUGCAGAAGGUGCCAUUGAUGCUGCCAAUAUCUUGAAGCCAGCUCUUGGAAGAGGUGAAUUGCAGUGUAUUGGAGCUACAACACUUGACGAAUACAGAAAGCAUAUUGAGAAAGAUCCAGCAUUAGAAAGACGAUUCCAGCCAGUAAAAGUGCCGGAACCGUCUGUAGAUGAAACUAUACAGAUUUUGCAAGGCUUGCGAGAGCGUUAUGAGAUUCACCACAAGCUUCGAUACACAGAUGAGGCCUUAAUUGCUGCUGCACAGCUUUCAUUCCAGUACAUCAGUGACCGUUUUCUGCCUGAUAAGGCAAUUGACCUGAUUGAUGAAGCUGGUUCUCGUGUUCGCCUUCGUUAUGCACAGCUCCCUGAGGAAGCUAGAGAGCUUGAAAAAGAGCUUAGGCAGAUCACAAAGUCAAAGAAUGAAGCAGUUCGUGGCCAGGACUUUGAGAAGGCCGGGGAAUUACGUGAUCAAGAAAUUGAGCUCAGGGCUCAGAUCACUGCAAUCCAAGAGAAAGACAAGGAGAUGAAUAAGGCAGAGGCAGAGGCAGGGGAUGGAGGUCCUGUUGUGACAGAAGUGGACAUUCAGCAUAUAGUUUCUUCUUGGACUGGUAUUCCUGUUGAGAAAGUAUCAACCGAUGAGUCUGAUCGACUCCUUAAGAUGGAAGAGAUUCUUCAUAAGCGAGUCAUUGGUCAAGAUGAAGCUGUUGAAGCCAUUAGCCGUGCUAUUCGACGUGCCCGUGUUGGUCUCAAGAACCCCAAUCGGCCAAUUGCUAGCUUCAUCUUUUCUGGACCAACUGGUGUAGGAAAGUCAGAACUAGCAAAGUCACUAGCUGGUUACUAUUUUGGCUCUGAAGAAUCUAUGAUCCGACUUGAUAUGAGCGAGUUCAUGGAAAGGCACACAGUGUCCAAGCUCAUUGGUUCACCCCCAGGGUAUGUUGGUUACACUGAGGGUGGUCAGCUAACUGAAGCUGUUAGGAGACGACCAUACACUGUUGUACUUUUUGAUGAGAUCGAGAAGGCCCAUCCUGAUGUCUUUAACAUGAUGCUUCAGAUACUUGAGGAUGGAAGGUUGACUGACAGUAAAGGAAGAACAGUGGAUUUCAAGAAUACUCUGCUGAUAAUGACGUCUAAUGUUGGAAGCAAUGUAAUUGAGAAGGGUGGGAAAUCAUUCGGAUUUGAUCUUGGUUUUGAUGAGAAAGACAGCAGUUACAAUAGAAUAAAGAGCCUUGUGAUGGAAGAACUGAAGCAAUAUUUCAGGCCGGAGUUCUUGAAUAGAUUGGAUGAGAUGAUUGUUUUUAGGCAGCUCACCAAGUUGGAGGUAAGGGAGAUUGCUGAUAUAAUGCUUAAGGAGGUGUUUGACAGGCUUAAAUUCAAAGAAAUAGAGCUUCAAGUGACUGAAAGGUUUAAGGAGAGGGUGGUGGAGGAAGGAUACAACCCAAGCUACGGAGCAAGGCCUUUGAGAAGAGCCAUUAUGAGACUUCUCGAGGACAGCAUGGCUGAGAAGAUGCUUGCUAGGGAAAUCAAGGAGGGUGAUUCAGUGAUUGUGGAUGUUGACUCUGAUGGAAAUGUUACGGUUCUCAAUGGUAGCGGUGGUGCUCCCGAAUCAUUGCCUGAUCCAAUUCCAGUUUUGUAACCAAAUAGCCUUUUCAGAUAUGUUGUUUGGACCUUUUCUUUUUUAUUGAACCGGCUAUACUAGUUGUAGUCCGUUUUCUUGAAAGGACUACUUGGCAGUAGAAUUGGAAGUCAUUGAUUGCUUGCCUGUGGACAUUGUAGCUGUAUUUCUUACACUGAAUCACAUUCAUAAUUGGAAGAGGCACAAAGAUGAUGCAGGGAAUGUUAGGUUGGCAGUUUACAACAAAAUGAAUUGGAUGGAAACACUUCAAAAAUGUUAUUAUGGACCUUUUUUCAACCGUGAGGUUGUUCUUUAAUGAUCCACAUCUUAAUUCUUGAAGCAUUAUAAAAACUUACGUUGCUUCACCAAUGCCAGGAAUUAGCUAUGUUUACAGCCUGGUUAUGAGCUGUUGAUGAAAAUGACAAUAUAUGAUACAAGAAAGUGCAAGGCAAAUGUCUCUGUAAAAACCAACUCUUUCUCGUUCACCAAUUUAUAUGAUGAUCUUACAUUACAGGGUAACAGCUAAGCUGUUCAUGAGUGUUGUUGCUAAUAACUGCAGAGAUAUUGGUUCCAAAUAACACA